AUUCUACUUCCAUUUUCCAACAUUAUAGUACUUUAUUGUUCCCUCGUUACUAUAGAAGACAGAGCAAGGCUGAAGAGAAGUAGCACAGACAAUAAAUUCAUCCUGAAGGCUGUUUGUUUUAUUCCCGUAAUGCAAACUUAGAAGCAUUUGCUUAUGUAGUAGCACAGACAUGCGCAGGCCUCAGAUGAUUGGUCAUCAGGUUGAGGCGGGCGGGGUAAACUUGAUGACAUCUAUACUGAGGUAGUAUAAAUAGAUGGUGGGUUUUCCCAAGGCCCAAAGGGGGAGUUUGAGACUGCAUUUGUCCAACUGACUACUUAUGGGAGUUUAGCUCCAGUCGUACUUUGAAGACAUCCCUUACCGCCACCCUGCCAGCAUGGAGAUGUCCAGUCCGACUGUCCUUCCUUUGGUUGGCCUGGGCUCAAUGGCCCACUCAGCUGGACUUGUGGAAAUUGCUGUCAAGUUGUGCUUGAACCAGCGUGAACAGCUGUGUCCUCACGUGUGGGUCCCCAUCCUGAAGCCUUCACGGCCCUGCCUCCGUCCCCCAGGGUCCAAGCAGGGCCCUCUGGACAUUUUGAGCCAGGCUUAUCUGGCCCCCCGUUUCUUGUCUUUGUUGGACGACUUGGACGACGACGACGUUCCGAUCCCCGUCAAAAACAAGCGGGUGGUGUUUGCCGACUCGCGCGGAUACUCUCUGGCCAGCGUGCGGGUGUUUUCCGACCAGGAGGAGCAGGUGGACCUGGGCCUGCUGCCGUCGCUGCAGGGUCUGGGCAGCAUGAGGGAGGACGGCUACAGCUGCACGGUCAGCACCUGCUGCCCGGGAACGCAGCUCAAACUGGGCUUCCCGCAGCCCUCCGUGGACUUCCAGGCCUUUCGGGCCAAGCUGGCGGAGAGCAUGGUCAUCCUGGAGAACUGCGCCAUCACCGAGCAGGCCCUCCAAGGCACGGCACGGGUCAGGAACCUCAGCUUCCAGAAGGACGUCCGCGUGCGCAUCACCUUCGACUCCUGGCUGAGCUACAGGGACGUGCCGUGCACGUACGUGCAGAAGCGCUUCGGAGGACCGCAGACAGACAUAUUCGAGUUCGACAUAGCCAUUCCAAAAGUGCUGGACGCCAAGAGGAGGAUCGAGUUCUGCCUGAUGUAUCUGCCGGCAGGUCAGAGCGUGCCUUUCUGGGACAACAACGGCGGGCAGAAUUACAGCAUAGCCGUGUGUGUGCACUCGCAUCUCUGCCACGGGAAGAAUCUAAGUGAAAGGGCUUGACUCGUCACUCAGCCCGUUGAUGUGCUCUAUUUUUACCCCACUCACUGGGUUGGCUGUGCGUCAGGCCGUCUCGGGUUAUUUUUUUUAAUAGGAUUUUCAAAGAUUUUCACUUUCAUUUCAAUAAAGUUGAAAUGCUUGGAUCAAAUGUUCCCAUC